AUGUCGAUCACCUCCACAAGCCUGCUCACCAAGGCCCAGGUCACACCUGGUGAGAAGAUCCCCACCCUGACCGUCAAGGAAACCAACCCCGGCGAGACCAUCACGCUCGACUUGAAAGGAAAGAACAUCAUCAUCGGCGUACCUGGCGCGUUUACCCCGCCGUGCAGCUCGCAAGUUCCCGGCUACAUUGAGAAGUACGACGAGUUCAAGGCAAAGGGUGUGAACAACAUUUACGUCGUUGCCGUGAACGAUGCAUUUGUCACCAAGGCGUGGAAGGAGAAGCUCGCUCCCAACGGAACUUCUGUGCGUUUCAUUGGGGAUGAUCAGGGCCUGCUGGUGGGGUCCCUAGGACUCCUCCAGGACGCUACCGGCCUUUUGGGUAACCCCCGAUCCAAGCGGUUCGCUAUCGUCGCCGAUGAGGGAGCUGUCUCUUCCUUGACCAUCGAGGAGGACUCAUCCACCGUGGUCUCCACAGCUGCUGACAAGAUCCUCGCUGUGCUGUAAAUAUGUAGUCUGUCCUCCUAGAAGUCUCUUGAUCUGCUGUAAGCGGUUAUACGAAUAAAUGUAUUUCGGAAGUUAGACCAAGUCUUCUUUCUCGUGAACAUGUUUCGUCAAGUACGAUGACGUGGGGAUUGGGCGUCGUUGGAAUGGAACCAAUCUAAAUGUUGUACAUUUUG